ACAUUUCGGUCGACAUUUCUUCAAAACCCUCUUCUCUUUGCAAUCUUGAAGUCACACGGUCCAACACCCCCUCUCAAGUUCUUUUUUCAUUGUUAAUUUGAUAUAUCUUGAUAUAUUAUAACUUAAUUAGUUGCAACUUGGUUGAUGGAUGAAUUUGCGUGCUUGAGAGAUUGGGAUUUGGAAGCUAUUGUAAGAGGAAGCACCGGUGAAGCCAUCACCAUGGAUGACCCAAAUGCUGAUUUUUCUUAUUUCUUCUCUGAACAAGAUGAGCUACUUGAUAGCUUUCCCGAAUUCUCAGAAACCACGAGAGUUCUCGAUGAUUUGGAAGAGCUUUACAAACCCUUCUACCCAGUUUUGCACCCUCUUUCACCGCACACCAUCGUUACAACUUCCCUACCUAUCAACAUGGAACCUAAACAAGUUAUCAAAGCAUCAGAACAGAAAGUAGCAGCCCUGCAAGGAUUGAAAGUCCCCGCAGCACCUAAAUGUAAAAAAAGCAAGAAGAGCCAGAACAAGAGCGUGGUGAAGCAAGUGACAACAGCAGAAGGUCUUGACGAUGCAUGGGCAUGGCGUAAAUAUGGACAGAAACCAAUAAAGGGUUCACCAUAUCCUCGAAGCUAUUAUAGGUGCAGCAGUUCCAAAGGGUGUUUGGCAAGGAAACAGGUUGAAAGAAGCCACUUAGAUCCUGCGGUUUUUCUGGUAACCUACACUGCUGAACACAGCCAUCCACACCCAACUCGAAGAAACUCUCUUGCUGGAACCACAAGGAAGAACAAUUCCCUUGUUCCUCCUCCAACCACUCAUCGUCACCAAAAGAAUACUAAUUGUUCCUCAAAGUCCAUUGAAGUGCAACAAAGCAUGAACUUGAAGAAAGAGGAAGAUUUUACUGACUGGUUGGAUGAUGAUAGUGCUCAAUUUGUUGAUGGUUGGAUUCCAAGCUCGGAUCUUGAGAAACUGAUAGGGCUUGAGUGCCAACAUUUUGCAUUAGAUGGUGGUUUCACGGAUGAUUUUCCACACCCUUAAUUUGUUCCUUUAUGAAACAAAUAUGAAUAGCGAAAAUUUGUGAUUUAAUUUUUCUUUUUUAGGACAAUAUUGUAGAUCAGGCCUCCCUAUAGUCCCUAACUCCCUAUUUAAACCUUCGAUCAGUUUCCUGGGUAUUUUGAAUUGCAGUUGUGAUUAUAUCACGAUUUUUACAUUGCGGUUAAACUCGCUGUAAUUUGCAAUGCUAUGGUGAAACCUAUACGAGCCUUGAUGUUAUUGCAAUUUCAAGCAAACACUUCUCUUCUUUUUUUGUUGA